UUCGACAAAUAUUUGGUGAUGCCUUGAUGGACUCAAAUUAAAAUAUUAUUGUUUUAAAGUUUUAUAUUGGAAGCAAAAUGCAAGAUUGCCGAAGAGACAAGGAUCCAGAACACAACGAAGAUUUCUGUUCAAUUUAUUGUAAAUUACCAAAAUUUGACUGGUACUGGGGCAACGUCACUCGCUCCGAAGUAGAAUACCUCCUCCUAAAAUACCCAGAAAACUUCAUAAUCCGAGCAUGCAGUGACAUCAACCACAUUCUCUGUGUAUCUUUCCGCUUAGACCCAAACUCCACCGUCAAAGGAACAACCAGCAGUUUCUCCCAUAUGAAGUUGAAGCAUUAUAAAGGAAAAUUCUCACUUGAUAAGAAGGAAUAUGUGGCUAUUGAGAAGAUACCGGAACAUUGUGUGAAAGUUGGGAGGGAGACGAGAAUUUUUAAUGCAACCGUGUUGAAACAGAAUGAGAAUACGGUGUUGGAAAUGGCGAAGGUGUUUUGUAAGAAACGACGGGAGUGA